UGCAUUGCUUACUUACUCGAUCAGAACAUACAAACGCGCCUCACUGCAAUGGAUCCUAUUAUCUAUAAAGCAGCGGCACAAGGCAACCUGGAGGCCUUUGAACAAUACGAUCAUAUCUCCCAUCCACUUGAUGGAUUUUUGACAGUUAAUAAAAAUACAAUCCUACAUAUUUGCAUUUCAAGUAUUCUCGUUAAAGAAAAGUAUCCCGCUACUGGAGGAACUAACCAAGCCUCAGCGGCAAAAUUUGUGAAAGAUGUACUAGGCAAGUGUCCGUCACUUUUAUUGAAAGCCAAUGCGGAAGGUGAUACUCCGUUACAUGUGGCGGCAAGGUAUGGGCAUGCUUCCAUAGUCGAAGUCCUGAUUGAACAUAAAAAAUCCCAACAUCAAGAUCUCGAAAGUGGAGUACGCGUUGAAGCUACUACGGAGAUGAUUGCGAAGCUGAACAAUGAGAGAGACACGACCUUACAUGAGGCUGUACGUCACAAUCACAUUGAAGUGGUAAAACAGUUACUAAUGGAGGUAGAUCCAGAAUUUUCGUUUGGUGCUAAUGUUGCUGGUGAGACCCCACUUUACUUGGCUGCCGAGAGACACUUUCCAGAUUUGGUAUCUGAAAUUUUGAAAACAUUCCAAUCACCAGCUUAUGAUGGCCCCUUGGGUAGAACGGCUUUGCAUGCCGCAACAUUUUCAAAUGAUGCAGGAAUGACCGAAAACAUUUUGAAAAGAUAUGGACGUGAUCUAUGUAAACAAGUAGACCAAAAUGGUUGGACUCCGCUUCACAUGGCUGCAUACACGGGUAACAUUGAGCCAACAAAACUAUUGCUGGAAUUUGAUAGAGAGGUAGCAUAUAUGAAAGACGCAGAGGGUAGGAUAGCUCUUCACAUUGCAGCUCAUCGCAACAAAGAACGAGUAACAAAAGAGAUUAUAUCAAUGUGUCCAGAUUGUUGCGAAGUGGUUGACAAUAAAGGCCGCAACGCACUCCAUCUCGCCCUGAUGACCAACUUGUGGCCAGAUGUAGCGCUAGUGAUACAAGAUAAUUCGUCUCUCCGGAAUCUUUUGAAUCAGAAGGACAACGACGGGAAUACACCUCUCCAUCACUAUUCCAUUUCUGCUCGUUACCACGACCGUGUCCUGAAUUCUCCAAGAGUUGACAAAAUGGUCUUCAACAAAAAGAACCAGACUGCUUAUCAAAUCUUAACAAGUAAAAGCUUUCCAUCUGUUGAUCGUAAGAAAAAGCGGCGAGUUAUUAUUAAAGUCCAGGAAAAUUAUGAUUUCCAUGUCAAUGGGCGAGUAUUAGAAGUUGGGCAUGAUGAAAUUGAGAAAAGUUAUCCGACGGAGGAGAGUGAUAAGGAGUGGAAGAAGAAGACGAUAGAAGAGAUGGAUAAAGCGGCUCAAGCCCAUUUGGUAGUUGCUGCACUCAUUACAACCGUGACCUUUGCAGCAGGCAUUACCAUGCCAGGGGGCUUCAUUGGUGGAGAUGAUCAUCCACAUCCAGGCUCUGCAGUUCUGAGGAAUAGUGUUGCUUUCAAGGCUUUUAUCAUUACAAAUGCCCUAUCAUUGAUGCUAUCUGGUUCUGCUAUCUUUAUGCACCUUAUUAAUUCACUUCUCCCUUCUGAUGACUUCUUCCAAAAGCGCAUAAGUUUUCUUGAUAUGGCCUUUCAGUUCCUUCUUUCCUCCAUGGUACCGAUGGUUUUGGCAUUUGUCACAGGAACAUAUGCUGUGUUAGCGCAUUCAAAUAUUGCCAUUCCCAUUUGUAUUAUUUGCUUAUCCUUCUUUCCUAUCCUUGUUUAUAUAUAUAGAAAAUUAAUUAGGGAUUAA